AUGCUGAGUGAGCUAUCGCGCGAACGAGAAGCGACUCUGCAGGCCUUGACGCCCGCAGAGCGCCGCUCACGACCUGGGGCGAGGGGACGACAGCUGCCUUUCUGGCACCACAGCGCUUGGUCCGGUUCCCUGCGAGCGUCUGCUGGCCGUGACCGCGCGAUCCAUGAGGUGCACCGGCAACACUGUGUUGACAAGCAGACGCCUCAUCCCCUGAAGCUUUGUAACUUGCACGGAACCGAACAGACUAGACACACGGCCAUGGACUUCCAGCAUGAGUUUUCGGAGCGACUGCCCCAAUUCGGGGCCACGCUGGAGCAGAAUGCCGAAAGGUCUGCCAAGGCGGCUGCCUGGUCCAAAGGAAUCCAUGUGGCUGAUCCUGCUGGAACCAUGAAGCAGAUGUUCAACACGUUCAUCGGCAAGAGACUGCUUCAGCACGAGGUGGACAAGGACCAGAGAAGUACGGGCCAAGGCCAAGGGCAGUCUCAGGAGGCCAAGCAGUCGAGCGAAGGUUCCAGCUCAUCGUCUUCCACCUCCAAGCGGAAGAAGCGGGAGAAAAAGAAGAAGGAGAAGAAGGAGAAGAAGGCGAAGUCCAAGAAGGGAAAGAAGGGCAAGAGAGGGCAGAAGGGCAGCUGUGAGAAAAAAGAAAGCGCCGAGUUCAAGGCACGGCUGAAGCGCGAGAGAGAGGCCGGCGAUGCCGAGGCCAGCCUGGACCCCAAGUACGCGAAGAUCAUCGAUCGCCCCUUGGCGAAACUCACGUUGCAGCCUCGGGAUUCUAUCAGGACUCUCUCAACGGCGGCACCCGCCGGUUUAUCAUCGCCGAAGCGAAGGUGCCCGAGAGCUCGAUGCAGCAGGUGCGGACGCUCCGACUGCAGGCACCCAGCAGUUCGGGAAGCAGCAGCACCAACACCGACAAGGGAGUGCAGAGUUGGGAAAAGCAUCUCCAUCCACUACGAAGCCAAGACGGGAGGCACGGCAGGCUGGGAUGAAGCAGCGUGGGCCAUUUUGCAAAUGCUCGAAGAGCGCAAUGUUCGCAAGGGACAGUUAUUGUCCAUCGAUGCCCACAGUGAAAACGGCCUUCCCAUCAUGUCAGCGCACUACGCUGCAGACUUGCGGGACGAUGGCCCCCUGAAAUUGUGUUUUUUUGGCAGGGCAGCGAUCACGGAUUCAUGGGACCAGAUCUAUCGCACAGCAUGCGACGAAGCAAGGGGCAAAGACAUCAUCUCGAUGACGGGGUCUUGCGAAGCGGGUGGCACUUCAGCAUUUUAUGUUUUCUACGAUGCAGAGAUUAUGCGGGACCAGGACAAGAUUGAGUAUGCUGAAUGCAGUGCUGACUCAUGGAACGCUGCUGCGCAGGGUCUCAUCAAAAUGCUAUCCAGCAAGGGAGUGAAAGAAGGACAAGUAAUCAAUAUCGAUGCUCACAACAACGGGCCAAAUGAGGCAGCCAUGUUCGCAGCUUUCUUUUGCCGAACUCGGCCUGCCAAAGGAAACUUGAAUUUGGUUUUCUGGCACCAGAAUGACGACAUUCCUUGGGAGAAGAUCUAUGAAGGUGUAACCAAGUCUGUCGAGGCAGUUCAGAAGGAGCAGCUCCUGGGCAUCACAGGGUCCUGCAACAUGCACAGGCGGGUGAUGUACGCGUUCUGGCAGGUCUCGGCACAGACAAGUACAAUUCAAUAUGUGGAAUCCCGCGCCGGCUCAUGGGAUGGUGCUGCUGAUGGCCUUAUCAAGAAGUUGAACGAAGCAGGCGUUCGUCAAGGUCAAGUGUUGAGUAUUGAUGCCCACAACAGCGGCGAAAACGAGCUUGCCAUUUUCUCGGCACACUACCUGAAGAGUCUGGAGGAUCGUGGUGAGCUUGACAUUGGGUACACCGCUCAAAAUAGCUCCAGCGGUUGGGAGACAUUUUACACGGAAGCCUCAAAGCAUGCAGAGGGCAAGGACGUGAUUUCAAUGACUGGGAGUAUUAACACAUCUGACCGAUCGAUUUUCUACGUCUUCUUCAACAAGGGUACUGAAGAUGCAGGAGUUGAGAACGUGGAACAUGUUGAGAGUCGAGCGGGGUCCUGGAAUGGGGCAGCUGAUGGCAUCAUAAAGAAGCUCAGGGAGCACGAAGUGCAGUCAGGCCAGAUUCUAAGCAUCGAUGCCCACAACAACGGUCGGAACGAGGCUGCCAUCUUUUCCGCGCACUACUCCAAGACUUUGCCAGGGUUUGGAAAGCCAAGGCUGAGGUUCCGGUGCCAGAACACAGCAGCAAGUUGGGACCACCAGUACCACACAGCUUGCUGGCAGCUGGCCAACAUCCGAAGCGCUCCGGAUCAGUUCGUGAGCCUGACGGCGUGUUGCAAUGCAGGUGAUCGUUCUGUGACCUACGUCUUCACAGACCAUGCAAUCUCAAACGGUUGUCGAAAUCCCGAUAGCCUUGAGGAUUCGGAGUGGUUUGAGCACCGAGCGAGCUCGUGGAAUGCUGCGGCCGACGGAAUCAUAGCAAGGUUGCUGGAGGAAGACGUUGGCAAAGGACAGGUCCUGAGCAUCGAUGCUCACAACAACGGGGAAAACCAGGCAGCUAUCUUCUCUGCACAUGUUUGCCGGAACUUGCCUAGCAAAGGCACCCUUAACAUCGGGUACGUGGCGCAGAACAGCGGUAAGACAUUCACGGAGUUCUACGAGCAAGCUUGCACGGAUGCCAAUGGAAAAGACAUUGUGUCCAUGACUGGCAGUUGCAACACCGACGACAGAGCCGUCUUCUAUGUUUUCUUCAACAAGGACAGCCCCUCUGACUUGGACGGGGUGGAGUUUGUGGAGGCAAGUCAUAAGACGUGGUCGGGCGCAGCACGCCAGAUUGUGGAAGCGAUGGAGGAGCAAGGGGUUCAGUCCGGUCAGAUCUUGAGCAUUAAUGCCAUGGUGGAACAAGCAAGUGGUGGGACCCCGACAUUUUCCGCGCAUUACAGCAAGAAGCUGCAGGCCAAAGGUAAGCUGCGUCUGCGCUGGGCUGAUUUGAAUUCAGAAGCGCCUUGGGCCCAUUUCUAUGACAACGCCACGGAAACCCUCGCUGGGCUUCGGCAGAAACAGUUCCUCUCCUGCACCGCUUCGGUGAGCUCGCCGAACUCCUCAGUCAUGUACGUUUGGUACCAAGAUUCGAAAUCUGGGAGCUACGAGAGCGAUGCUCCGUUAAAAAGCUGGAGUCUUGAGGGUGUGUGGCAGCUUCAAGCCAAAUCCGGCAAAACCUCCUUCAUUGACCUCAGCGACCCUACGAACAUCACGCUGCUCGGGGAGGGCGUCAGUGGUUCUUGGUACGAUGGCCAGCUGGAUUUCUCUACCAAGCAUCCGAGAUUCGAGGCUAAGUGGGAAGUCACUCCGGACGGAUCUGCCGCGCGUUCUGGAAAGGUGCAGGGUUGCUUCAGCGGUCCCAAGCGCUUUUCGUAUACCUCGACGCCUGCAAUCAUGGAUGAGAGCUCUCUCGGAGCUGGCUUUGGCCUGAAGAUCCUGAACCCAGCUUCUGUGGAUGAGAACUCUGCGAAAAGCAUUGACUUGAAGGAGUUGCAAGAACUGGGUCCGGGCUGCAUGCCUGAGGACCCGACCUACUGGGCCAUUUCCCUGCGACAGCUCCAGCACCUCCGGGCGUUAAUGCGGCAAGAGGGCUUUUUCGCUGGGUACGAGCGCGUGGUGCGUUUCGAGUCUGGUACUAUGAACCUGGAGGUUGACGAGAACCAUAUUGUCAACCAUGUCGGAGACGCGGCCAAAGCGCUGGGUGUCCAAGCUGGGUGGACAGCAUAUGGCAUCGAUUACGAUCUCUUCUCCGAGGCUCACCUCAUUGAACGGAGUGCAGACGGGAAAAGCCACAUGAUGUUUUUCCGCGACACCAAGGGCACUUUUGAUGCUAACAUGUAUCAAGUCAACUUGUCCUAUGUCAAGCGUUUGACCAAAGAUCUGGACAUGAGCCUGGCAUUACUUUACAACCGCAAGGUAGGCGGGCGCAAGGCCACAGUCUUCAUAUCUCAUGCAUGGGCCGAGAGUUUUCUUUACUUCUUGGCUGUGUUGGAGACGGGCAUUGGUACUCAGCAACCGCUUUCUCUCGAUGAUUACGCGUGGAUUUGCACCUUCGGCGUGAACCAGAACAUGACAGCUGAAGACAUCUCGGGAGCAAUCGCUAGCCCUGCAGACAGUCCUUUUGCUCGAGUGCUUCAGUCAGUUAGCGAGGUAGCUGUUAUUUUCAACGACCGUGUGAAUCUGUAUUCACGUGUAUGGUGCGUGUUCGAGGCCUUCGUAGCGCUGGAGCAAGGUAAGCUGGUCCGCUGUCUUGGCUUGCCGCCUAAUUGGAGAGAUGCAGUUACUGGGAUCUUGGUGAGCCCAGAGCACGAGUGGGUGCAAAGGAUUACGGGUUUCUGUGAGAGGCACAAGAUGAACGUGUUGGAUGCCACGGCCAGCGUGCUUGAGGACAAAAUAGCAAUCUUGGAAGCACUGCAGGGACAAGAAGAUCAGGUCAACGACCGAACCAACUGCCUGCAAGAGUGGGCUCUGAAAGAUAUCAUCGUGGGUGAAUUCAGUGGGCUGAUGGAUCGAGUAGGCACAUCUGGUGACGAGGAUCUACCUGCAGCUUGA